GCUCCUCAGCGUAAAGACUCGUCUACACCUCCUGGAGCGUGUCAACGGACUGCUGCUGCUUCUACACAUCAGAACAUCAGACACAGGAUGAGGACGAUGGCUUCUCUCGUGUGCAAGACGCUCACUUUAUUCUUCGUCUGCAUGGCUCUGCAAGAGAGUUGUGGACUCCCGUUAUCAGACCGGGCAGAGCUGCCAGCUCAGGCUCCAAACAAACACAGAGUCAGGACCAAACGCUGCUCCUGUAACAGCUGGGAUGAUAAAGAAUGCAUCUACUUCUGCCACCUGGAUAUUAUCUGGGUCAACACACCAAGUAAGCUCCUUCCUUAUGGCCUUGGAAGUCCCCUGUCUCGUCGUCGGCGCCGUUCAGCGAUGCGAUGCGAAUGCCUCGACCGAGCCGAUAAAACCUGCUCCGGCUUCUGCCAUGCAAGCUCAAAGACUCCGAGGACGAAUGUCGUGGUCCCAUUAGUGGAGUCUGCAGGCACAGACAGCAACACAUUGCUGGAAUCUUUCAGAUCUGUGGUCAAGUCCAACUUUGCGAUCGCAAACAAGGUUCCGUCAUCAAACAAGAACCCGGGUGGAGUAAACAGACUGAGCGGCAGAACGAGGAGGUAGAGGACGGAGCAACCACCAGAAGAGGUCACACCUCCAUGGAUUCAACCUCCCAUGGGCCGGAGACCCCUCCAGCUACCUUCAGUGCCAGCAUCAGGGUUUUGAAAUGGUGUCACGAGUCUCACCUAACUCUGGGGAUGUGGAGGUGGAAGGAUGGCAGGAAAAAGAAGGAGCGGGUCAAGCA